UCAGCAAGUAACCAAAGUUCAUCUAUAACUAUAAAUAAGCUCCAAAUAUAUGAAUAAACAUACAACUUACCAAUUGUUUACAAUUGUUUUUGUAAAUUAUAUAUUCUAAGUAAUUAAGGUAUACCAACUUAUCUUCAAUGGCAAGCAUUAAUGCAAUGGCAUGCUCUGCUUCGACUUUGGUGUCAAACAACAAGAUGCUCGGCAGCCCUGCCCAGCUCGGGCUUAGGCUGGGCAUGACUCCGUCAUUGAAGACCUCUUCUUCAAGGUCUUCCGGCCUGAUGGUGAAAGCUCAACAGGCCGGAAGUCCAAGGAAAAUUGACCCUGUGGCAGCUGAACAAUUUCACAAGAAGGUUGCCCUUCUUGAAACUUCUCCAUAUGUACGAACUCCAUGGAACACGAAUGAAGAUGAACACGAGAUCAGGAUGUGGUUUGACAUGCCAGGACUAGCAGCUGAAAACAUCGAUGUGAACGUGGUGGAUGACUUGCUAGUGAUCAAAGGAGACGGAGGUGUUGAUGCAUUUGGAAACAAGAUAUUUAGCCCAUAUGAUAGUAGGGUUCAACUUCCUCUAAACUCAUGGAAGGAAGAGAUCACGGCUGUGUUCAAGAAUGGUGUUCUUUACAUAACUGUGCCUAAGAUUACCAAAUUUGAGCACAAAGUCAUUCAUAUCCCAGUUAGAUCAGUCUAAAUAUCAUUCAUAUAAUUACUUAUAUUGCUAUGAAAUGUCUCCUGUACUGUGUAGGAGACUAAUUGGUUCUAAAUGUGUGCUUUUUAAGAGCUUUUCUGUAUACUUAUACUUUCCUUUGGAUUAUGUCUAAGUUGUAUGAUGUUGUACUAUUUGAAGUUGAUUUCUAUAUAAUACAAUAAGACUUUAUGUGCUUA